AUGUCCAAAUUGCUCCCCAUUCUCUAUUUUGCAACAACUGCCAUUAUUCUCGCCCUCAGUGUACCGGUCAUUCAGAAAAAGCUUGGAUGGAGUUUUUCCGCUCGGCCAAGGGACUACGAUCAACUCCCGAGCACACGUUACCAAGAUGAGGACGGAGAGGGGAGGAACGACUUUCAGCAACAGGAAAAAACAUCCUUGAUCACUAGAAGAUUUGUGAUAUUCUCGGCGACCGCUCAUAUUAUACUGGCAACACUGAAACCAUGGACCUUCUUGGCACAAGUCCAGCCUUCACUUGUUCGGGAUGGACUAGCCCUCCUCAAUGGUUUAGCUCUGUUAAUCCAAGCCCUGUCAGUGUACGCGGAGCCUAAGAUAACUUAUCGAUAUCGUCUUGGACUUAGAGGAGCCUGGAGCUGGCUGAUGACAGGACUCUUCUGCCUUGCGAGCAUAGUUGAGGGGUAUGAUCAUGAUGAAAUCUCUAUAAAAGAUUGGGUGUAUUGGGUCUGUUCGACUCUGGUGAUAAUUUCAGGACUUGGGGCGAACUUCUCUUUCCCGCGACGGCCUCAAAUAUUUCGAGAUUCGAAAUCAGUCGACGGACAAUUUACAACCAGUUUUUUGGGUCGAAUGACAUUUUCCUGGGCCAGGGAUGUGACGUAUAUUGUGAAGAGCGAGGGAAAUAAGUUUGCCAUUGAUGCCCUACCAGCAAUGUCCAACCAAGCGCGCGCAGAGACCCUGCAAUACCAUUUCAAACAAUCUCGAUCCACCGGCGUUUCACUCUGGAGAAUACUUAUUUACCUCCACCGUGGCGUCCUCGUACGACAAAUGAGCCUGACGGUCGUUGUUUGCUUCCUCAGCAUUGUGCCUUCACUUGCUCUCUUCGAGAUUCUGCAGAAUUUGGAAAGGAGAACAGAUGACUCCCCUAAUACUAGAUUGUGGAUGAAUGUGGCCCUUCUAGCACUUGGAGUUCUGUUGUCUUCUACUCUUGACACUUGGAAAAAUUGGUUCUCAUUCAAUUGUCUGUUCCUGCGAACGUUUGAGCAGCUAUCUUUAGCCGUGUUUGAGAAGUCGAUGCAUCUUCCCACUACGUGUACUUUUUCCGACCCUGGUGUUGCUGAGCAAGGCGCAGGAAACUGCCUGAAUCUACUCGCGGUGGACGCCAAGUAUGUUGCCGAUUGCUUUUGUUUCAGUUAUGUGCUGUAUAAAACACCGCUGCAGCUGGUCAUCUCUGGUAUCUAUCUGACGCAAUUGCUGGGAUGGCAAAGUCUCGUAGCCGGUGGCUUGGUUCUGGCGUUGAUGACCCCUGUCAAUGUACAUGCAGCUCGGAAGUACACCUCAUCUCAACAAAGCCUGAUGUUGGCCCGAGACCGCAAAAUGGAAGUGCUAAGCGAAGUAUUGCAUUUAAUUCGCCAGAUCAAAUUUUUAGCUGAAGAGACUCGAUGGGAAGGCAUCAUUUCACAGAGAAGGGAAGAGGAACUUCUUGCGCAGUGGUCAGUGUUUCUCAGGUUCAUUUUGCAGUUAGCCGUCUAUUUGACCACCCCUGUGGUCUUAUCAGUCGUCUGUCUGGGGACUCACGUGCUGGUCAACGGGACCUUGUCUGCUCCUACUGCGUUUUCCGCCAUUGCAGUUCUCAACUCCAUCGAGAUUGUCAUGUACGCCUUGCCAGAUUGUGUGGCACGGAUGGCUACAGGCCGGAACAGCAUGAAACGCAUCGAGAAACAUUUGGAGUCCCGUGAGAAUAAUCCCCGCGCAGAUUCAGCCACAACGGUUGAAUUCUCCAACGCCACUCUGGGCUGGACUAGUGCCUACUCCGGACAAGCAGUUAAUCCUAUUCUCCACGGAGUCACUUUGAGUUUCCCUCCAUCAAAACUCAGCCUGGUGACUGGACCUACUGGAUGUGGCAAGAGCCUCCUUCUUGCAUCCAUCCUGGGAGAGUCCACGUUACUUGAGGGUAUUGUACGUGGCCCUAGGGACGGGAAGUAUGCUUAUGUUGCGCAAGUCCCCUGGUUAGAAAAUGCCUCAAUACGGAACAAUAUUUUAUUUGGCAACUCGCUGGACAUCGGAAGGUAUAACGAGGUUCUUUUUGCAUGUGCUCUUCACCAAGAUUUCUCUUUGCUCCCAGACAGAGAUGCAACAGAAGUCGGUCCAAAUGGGGUCAACCUGAGCGGAGGGCAAAAGCUGCGGCUCUCUCUUGCUCGUGCCCUUUACUCCCCAGCCAAUAUACUAAUCAUGGACGACAUAUUCAGUGCCGUUGACGUACACACCGCAAGUCAUUUAUAUACUCAUGCACUCACAGGGCCCCUCGCUCAGGACCGGACCCGUAUUCUCGUCACACAUCAUAUUUCUCUUUGUCUUCCGCGAACUGACUACAUGGUGUCUUUGAAAGAUGGCUUAGUAAAGUACGCAGGUCCAAUACUUGGUUUGGCUACAAGCAUGAAAGAAGACAAUGAGACAAGCAAAUUUACUCUUUCAGCGGAAGAUGGUGAACCUGAGAUAGAAAAGACGUCAGGCGAUCUGCACGCCAAGGCUCAGACACCCGACAGCUCACCCUCAAGAUUCGUGGAAGAUGAAGAACGACCAGAGGGCUCAGUGAGCUGGGUAGUUUGGAAAUCCUACCUCACAAUAAGCGGCAGUAUUUGCCCCUGGAUGUGGGUGAUGGUCACUUUUGGUGGAUACAGCGUGCUGUUGACGGCGAGGGCAUGGUGGCUACACGUAUGGAGUGAGCAUGAGACAGGUACCUCUUGCAAUGCAAAAGAGUCAACGAGGUGCCUAGACAGCCAUCUGCUCUUCUACCUAGGAGUGUAUGUUGGCUUGGGGACUUUUGCCUGUCUAAUCGGUACGGCUCGGAGUUAUCUUGCUCUAAAGGCCUCUCUGCUUGUGGCAAAGAAAUUAUUCGCUGGUUUGCUGCAUACCAUUCUUCAUACACCUCUCCGCUGGCUAGAUGUUGUCCCGCCGGGUCGUAUCAUGAAUCGUUUCAUUGUGGACAACCUGAUAGUGGACUCUCUACUAGGAGAUGAUAUUCAAUCUAUCCUUGCGAACGCUUUUGACAUGGCUUUGGCUAUUCUAGCCGGCAGUAUUGUAAGCCCUUGGCUCAUAAUACCAGCUGUCAUUCUCUGCAUCAUCUGUGUAAGCUAUGGUCGGAUCUAUCUCAAUACCGCGCGAGAGAUUCGAAGGCUCGAAAGCGUUUCAAAAAGCUCCAUAUUUGAGCAAGUCAGAUCUGCCCUCUCUGGGCUCUUGACAAUUCGCGCUGAAGGAAAGACACCAUUAUAUGUCAACAAAGUUACAGAGGAGAUCGAUAAAUACGCUCGGGCACACUGGCAGCUCUGGCUAUUCAACUGCUGGCUUGCUUUCCGCAUGGACGUCUUGGGCGCUAUAUUUGCCAUGGUUGCGAGUAUAUUAGUCGUUUCAACCCCUUCGGUGAACGCUUCGCUGGCUGGCUUUGCCAUAAGCUUUGCACUGAAAAUGGCCCAAUCCAUGUCGCUGACUGUCCGCCGCUAUGCAACUCUUGAACUCAGCAUGAACAGCGUGGAGCGCAUCCUGGAGUACUCAGAUGUACCCACCGAGCCCACUCACAGUGGAGACAGCGUACCUCCUAUCUGGCCCAGCCAUGGGUGCAUCCAAGUCUCGAAUCUCUCAGUGCGCUAUGCUCCUGAUCUUCCUCCGGCUCUCCACGACAUUAGUUUCACCAUAAACCCGGCGGAACGAAUAGGUGUGGUGGGACGUACGGGGUCUGGGAAAUCGUCGCUUAUUCUAGCUCUGUUUCGCUUUCUCGAAGCCAACGAGGGCAGCAUUGUUAUCGAUGGUCUUGAUAUAUCAAUGCUCAAGUUACAACAGCUUCGUGCACGACUAGCGAUCGUUCCACAGCAUCCAGCCAUUUUCUCAGGAACGGUGCGCACCAAUCUCGACCCUCUUGGACGGCGGUCAGACGAAGAGCUUCUGGCAGCGUUACGGGAUGUGCAGUGGAAUGAGGACCUAUCUAUCCACUCCAGCAGCCCAGGCAAGGAUGGCAGGUUAGGACCAGACAGUGAAUGUCAGACUUCUGAUGAUACAGACGAGUCAUCUGGCCUUUUGAUCCCAAUGCAGCAUGUAACCUCCGCACAGCACCCAACUACUCCUUACUGCGUACUCGACUAUCCUAUUGCAGUGGAUGGCCAAAAUCUUUCCCAAGGUCGACGGCAACUGCUGUGUCUGGCUCGCGCCAUUACGCAGCGACCAAAACUUCUGGUCCUUGAUGAGGCCACAUCUGGAAUUGAUCAGCCCACCGAUAGCAAGAUUCAAGCGUCUAUCCGUCGUAUCUCUCAGUUCAACUCCAUGAGCCUUUUGGUGGUGGCUCAUCGACUGAGCACCGUCAUUGACUUUGACCGUAUCCUUGUUUUGAGUGAUGGACGUGCUGCAGAGUUCGGCAGUCCCCAAGAGCUCAUGCAACGACCCGCCGGCCUUUUCCGGGCCAUGAUGGAAUCCGAUGGAGAACAAUCCAAACUGUCUCAAUGA